GAACAACCACCACAUAGCAAACCCCACUCCCUUUCUUUCUCUUUUUAUCUAUUUUUUUUCCCUUCCCUUCAUUCUCUCCCCCAAUAUUUAUACGCUCCUUUACUCUCUCCGCCACCCUCUUUCUCUUUCUCUUUCUCUUUCUCUUCUCUUUCUCUCCUUUGAUUCCCCUUUCUUCUUCUUCUUCUUCCCCCAUUUCCCUUUUUUCUCUCCGCCGAUCAUGCUCUACGACGACCAAUGGCUUACCGCUGCCAUGGCCGACGACACCCUCGUCGCUGAGUUAUUGUUUAGGUUGAAGCAGUCGCAGGCUGUCUUGCCUUCUAAAUCUCCUCUUCCUGUGACGGUCCCCUUUACAUGGGGGAUUAGACAACCGAGGUCCAGGAUGUCCACGGCCACGGCCACGUCCACGGCGGCGGCGGCAGCGUCUGCUAUGGCUACGGUGGCGGUCAGAUGUGGCGAUGUUGUCUUGCACAGGAAUAAUAAGGAUGUUGAUUCCACUAGAUGCAGUCCUACCACUCCGCUUUCAUGGAGUGGUGGAGCUUCUCCUUCUGCUACGCUUGAUGGUUUUGAGGACUCGAGCCGUCCUGCUACUCUCUCUCAGGCUGCUUCCAGAUUUAAGGGUGCUGCUGGAAAUGAGUCGGUGGCUGGUAAUACUACAAAGAGGCUAAGACGAAAGAAGACAUUUGCUGAACUUAAGGAAGAGGAAAGCAUGCUUUUGAAGGAGAAACUUCAUCUAAAAAUGGAACUGGCCACUCUACGGGCAAACUUCGAAGAACAAAGAGCCAAGAAUGAGAGUCUGAAGAAAAUGAAGGUGGAUUUCAACUUGAAAUACACAGAGAAAUUCAGUACAAACUCCAACAUGAUGCCAGAAGAAUCUACAUCCACACUAACCCAUCAAAGGGAAAGCUCAAAUAUUGAAAAAUUUUCUCCUACAUUGCCAUUCACAGCAUCAGGAUCAGGUUCUUUCGAGGCUCAAUCACAGAAGAACUGCAAAUCAACCGAAGAAGAUUGUGGCUUUCUCUUACCAGAUUUAAAUAUGACACCCUCAGAAGAUUGACUAAGGUGAAAAUACAUUAAUUCUCUCUCUUUCGCUCUCUAAUAUGACAUAGUGGAAGGAUUCUGUGAAAUUAAAGCUGGCAGGCACAGAUAAGUAAAGUCAUGAGCCCCAAUGGCUUUACAAUUUGUUGAUGGCAAAAAAGUUUGCUAUCUUGUAGAAGACCCAACCAGACUGUUAUAUUAGCAUUUGUUAAUUCCUGUUUUCUACAAUUUUUUUUCUUUGUGAAGGCUGUAAUUCUGUGGGUUAAACAAAUUGUUGAAUCCCUCUAGAAUGGUGUAGGGUUUGAUUCAUUCGUUGUAGCGUUUAUUAUAGGUACAUAGUCACGGAAUUUGUUUUUUUUUAUGACUUUGUUAUAAAAAUUAUUUUUUUUGGCCAUUUCUA